AUGUCGGGGCUGGAAAGCUGCGACGUGUGCGGCUCAGCCGGCGGCGUCCUCUGCCGCUACAGCCACCCCGAGCUCCGGCUGGCGGCGCCGCCCCCGGUGGCCGCGCUGCGGGAGUUCCAUUUCUUCGGGGAGCCAGGCGGCGGGGUUUCCUGGCCCAUGGCCGCCGAGGGGGCGGCGAGCCCGCCGGAGACUGCGCCAGAGUGCUCCCCCGCCGUCUCCGCCACGGUGAGUCCCCCCCCCCUCUCCUCUCUAUUUAUCUCGUCUCCCCAGCGAACAGAAGAGAACAGAAAGUGAAGCGAGAGCUUAUAUCAUGGCAGGCCUUUCCUUUUCCUUUCUUUUCCUCCUAAACUACCCACCCUGAUCAAACUAUGGAAAAUACCGAUCGAUCAGAUGGGCUUGCACACCGAGCGUUGACUGGUUACCCCAGGGAUGAGCUGCUCGUCGGAGCUGAGGGCCGGUGCAGUGCUAAAACUUAGUGAAGACGUUAACUUCUCCUAGAAAACCUUCACAUUUGAGAGACUCAGGUAGAAAGAAAGCAUGAAGACAGAGAGUCAUAAAAACCUGAGCAAACGACCGAGUUUAGUAUACCCGCCGCUGAAGAGGAGUAUUGAAACAUUUUGCAGGUGGCGCUCGGCGGCGCCGCCGAGGAGUUCUCAGACUGGGCGGCGGCGCCAUCCGGCAAGGUCGAGGAGGACGGCGGCGCGGCGAGAGAGGCCCGGGUGCUGCGGUAUAGGGAGAAGAAGAAGCGCCGCCAGUUCGGGAAGCAGAUACGGUACGAGUCGAGGAAGGCCUGCGCGGAGACGAGGCCGAGGGUCCGGGGGCGUUUCGCAAGGGCGGCGGUGGCGGCCGACCGACCGACUGUCUCCGGCGCCGGCACGGGCGGCAGCGUCAGAUUGGGGUGGGUGGCUCCGCCGGGCAUGAACCGAGGCCAUUAG